AUGGCGCCAGCCGUGUCGACGAGGCACGCCGCCCUGCUGGCCGGGGGCGCGGUGCUCGGGCUCUAUCAGGCCGGCGGUGCCUUCGCCCCGUCCCUCCAGCGCACUCCGACGAGGUCGCCCGCGGAGGGCCGCGGCCUGCGCGGCGCGGCGGGCGCCGCCCCGGAGGGCCCCGCGCCCUCGGGCGCCGCCGCCGCCCUUGCUUGCGGCGCGGCCUCGGUGACCCUGGCGGCCUCCGCCGCCCGCCGCUCCAAGCAGGGCGCUCAGGUCGCCCCCGCCGCGCGCCGCGCCCUCGAGGGCGAGCUCGGGGUCCAGGCGAGCACGAUGAAGGCGUGGGCGGUCACCAAGUACGGCGAUGCCUCGGCUCUCUUGACAGCAAUGGACGUGGAGAAGCCGCAGCCGGGGGCCGGGGAGGUCCUGGUCAAGAACAUGGCCAUCGCAACCAACCCCAUCGACUACAAGGUGGUGGCCGGCGCCCUGGCACCAGGCGAGGAGGCUCCUCCCCAGCGCCUCAUCGUCGGCUGGGACAGUGCGGGGGUGGUCGAGGCUGUCGGGGAGGGUGUGAAAGGCUUCCAGGCCGGUGACAAGGUCUGGUUCGCAGGUGACAUCACCAAGGACGGCUGCUACUCGCAGUACACCAAGAUCGACUCGCGGAUCAUCAGCAAGAUGCCCAGUACGCUCUCCUUCGAGGACGCUGCUGCCUUGCCGUUGACCUUCCAGACAGCGUGGGAGGGCAUGGUGGAGCUGAUGGGCGUCCAGAAGGGCAAGUCGAUAUUCGUCUUGAAUGGCGCCGGCGGGCUCGGGUCGAUGGUCAUCCAGGUUGCCAAGCACCUUGGGCUCACAGUGAUUGCCUCCGCAUCGCGCGCGGAGACCAUCGAGUUUUGCAAGCAGAUGGGCGCGGACCACGUGGUCAACCACCGCAACGAGGACCUCGGCGCUGAGCUCAAGCAUGUCGGCUUCGACUGCGUGGACUAUAUCUACAACGCCCACGAGAACGAUCGCCUCGGGGAGCUCUUCAAGCUGCUGGUGUGCGACGGGAGGCUUGUGGUCACCUUCGGCCCUACGCAAGAGCAGAUGGCAAAGGUCGACUGGACCACAGCGUGGCUGAAGAGGCAGACGCUGUGCUUCCAGAUGAUGUUCGCGCGGUCCAUGUUCAACACCGAGCCCGCGAUGGUGGGUGGCGUGAUGGCAACCUUGGCAAAGCUCGUGGACCAGGGCAGCAUCAAGACGACUGUCACGAAGAAGUACGGGAACAUGGAGGAGAUCAAUGAUGCCACCAAGUUUCAGAUGUCUGGCAAAGCCAUCGGCAAGAUCUGCCUCACCAUGACGCACUGA